AGACGCGUGUGACAGUGUUGAAUUUUCAUCUCUCUCCUCUGUUCUUUUAAACUUCAACCUCUCUGCUUCAUCAGUUUCUCUCACUAAAAAAAAAAGCUUUCUAGUCUUAUCAUCUCGUUAAACUAGGUUUAAAGGCUCGAACCUGAGAUUGUUUCAAACCGUAAAGAAAGGAAUUUUGCUCGAAGUAGGAGACUUUGAGAGAUUCCCUACUAGGCCCCCAUGGGAGAUUCUAUCACGCAGCAGGAUUAUGCAUCUUCGCCACUCGACGACAACGCUGCGCCUUCAGGGAAAGAAGGCAGCGGAUACAACUCGCUAGAGAUUGCUUCCAUCGCCUCAGCUUCAGCCAUUGUCUCAGUUCUCAUCGCUCUUGUCAUUCUCUUCCUCUUCGCGAGGAAGUUGCAUCCAAGAUCAAAGAUCACAGCCACCACUACCAAACGAGAAGUCACUAUGUUCAUCGACACAGGAGUUGCAAUAACCUUCGACAACGUUGUUAGAGCUACGAGAAACUUCAACGCUAGUAAUCUCAUCGGUAACGGCGGAUUCGGAGCAACUUACAAAGCGGUAAUCUCUCAAGACCAAGACGUUGUCGUCGCUAUCAAACGCCUCUCUAUAGGACGGUUCCAAGGCGUCCAACAGUUCCACGCAGAGAUCAAAACUCUCGGUAGGCUUAAGCACCCGAACCUCGUGACUCUCGUUGGUUACCACGCGAGCGAGACCGAGAUGUUCUUGGUUUACAACUAUCUCCCCGGAGGCAACCUCGAGAAAUUCAUCCGAGAACGUUCCACGAGAGCUGCAGACUGGAGAGUUCUUCACAGGAUCGCUCUCGACGUAGCUCGAGCUCUCGCUUACCUCCACGACCAAUGCGUCCCACGUGUUCUUCACCGUGAUGUCAAACCGAGCAACAUCCUCUUAGACGAUGAUCACAACGCUUAUUUAUCUGAUUUCGGGUUAGCGAGGCUGCUCGGGGCAUCGGAAACGCACGCAACGACGGGCGUUGCCGGUACGUUUGGAUACGUGGCACCGGAGUACGCGAUGACUUGCCGGGUUUCGGAUAAAGCGGAUGUUUACAGCUACGGAGUGGUGCUUUUGGAGCUGCUUUCGGACAAGAAAGUGCUUGAUCCGUCUUUUGUUUCGUACGGUAACGGUUUCAACAUUGUGCAGUGGGGUGACAUGUUGUUGAGACAAGGACGGGCCAAGGAGUUUUUCACCGCCGGUUUAUGGGAUGUUGGUCCGCAUGAUGAUCUCGUUGAGGUUCUUCACUUAGCGGUUAUCUGUACGUUGGAUUCUUUAUCGACGAGACCGACGAUGAAGCAGGUUGUACUACGGUUGAAACAGCUCCAACCUCAGCUUCGUCAUCUUGUCUAGCAAUAGUUAAAAUGUAGCUAAUAUGUUUUUUUUAUCACUUGUAAAUUGUUUUAUUAUAUAGUUUUGAGUUAUUUUCUCUGUAAUCUUUUUUUUGAAAAUAGCCUAAAAUUGUAUUGAAAUGUUUAAAAAUGAUACAAUUAACCCUAUAGAAACUCGAUGUGAUUUGAAAACAGAAUGAAUCUAGAUCGUUUAAGAAAA